CCGAAUACCCUGUUCGACCAAUGGUUUUCGAUUUUUGACAGAGAGCUCUGGGCGCCAACAUGAGCCGUAGAUGAUCGAGUAGACCCCCAAAUCUAGACCUCGAGCUGCGUGUUGAAUAACAUAUCCGUGUUCAGACCUCUUCCUCCGCUUCUCUUCCCCCCUUCCCCUCCUCUGAACCCCGCAGACCGUUCAUAUAACUGUUGGACGUCUGCUAGGACAGUAACGAUAUUUGUGGCAAGUUCGCCAACAUUAUUUCAGAUCGUCUGGACAUGUCGACACCCACUGCACCGCUCCGCAAAAAGCGAAAUUUCAAAGCUCUUGCCCUUGAUGUAUCUCAACCUGCUCCUCCACCCAUGCCUCCAGUCCAAGAUGCCCCUGCGCCGACCCGCCUUGCUCCUGCGCCCGGUGCCAAGAAGCGGCCGCCUCCAAUGAAGUUGGCACCAAAGCAGGCCGCUGCUCCUCUACCUGCCAUUGACACGGAUAACACUCUGCUCACAGUUGGUGGGCCAAACUCUGCACCACCAACAGGUACUGCGUCUGCGCAUCGUUCAACGUAUCACAACACAUUGUCAACCACACUCGCUAACUUGGAUCUGAAUUCGGAGAAGAAAUACCAUGACUUGCGUAACGAGGACCUCAAGGACAUGCAUGAGCUAGGACAGGGCAACGGAGGCAGUGUGAAGAAGGUAGAACAUGUGCCUACGGGUACCAUCAUGGCUAAGAAGAUUGUCCUAAUUGACGCGAAACCCUCAGUGAGGAAACAAAUCCUUCGAGAGUUGCAGAUCAUGCACGACUGCAAUUCCGACUACAUCAUCUCAUUUUACGGGGCGUUCAUCUCGGACCCAAAUAUCUGCAUAUGCAUGGAGUUCAUGGACAAGGGCUCGCUGGAUGGGAUUUACAAGAAGAUUGGACCCAUUGACAUCGAGGUCGUGGGCAAAGUGGCGUUGGCAGUGUUGGAGGGUUUGACAUAUCUCUACGACGUUCACCGCAUUAUUCACCGUGAUAUCAAACCUUCCAAUAUCCUCUUCAAUUCCAAAGGCCAGAUCAAGAUAUGCGACUUUGGUGUCUCCGGAGAGCUCAUCAACUCCAUCGCUGAUACGUUCGUUGGAACGUCAACAUACAUGAGCCCGGAACGUAUACAAGGUGCACAGUACACUGUCAAGUCCGAUGUCUGGUCACUAGGCAUAUCCCUUAUCGAGCUCGCACUUGGUCGAUUUCCCUUCGCCGAUUCAGAUGAUGAUGACUCCGACCUGUCCGAUUUUGAGGGUACCUUGUCGCCAAGUCGACCAGGCAAUCUCGGUCUACCACCUUCUCGAUCAAAACAGGAGAAGGAAAAGGCGGAUAAGAAGAAGAAACGCAAGAGUAAAGGUGUCAGUUUACAAGGCGGUGGUAUGACAAUGAGCAUUCUGGAGCUGCUGCAACACAUUGUCAACGAACCUGCGCCACAUUUGACUCCAGAAGGGAGGUUCCCCAAGGUGGCCGAGGAGUUCGUGGAUAGUUGUUUGUUAAAGGACCCGGAUUCUAGGAGAACACCCAAAGAUUUACUGAAACAUCCAUGGAUAGAGCAGUCUCGGACUGCGCCCAUUGACCUCGAAGCAUGGGCUUCAACCUUCUAGCGACACCAACGUACAAUCGGUCUUACACGCGAAUACGAGUUCUAUACACAGCGUCAUUGCUUCGUCGUUCACUACCACGAUCUCUGGCUUAGAUACCCUUCUAAUCGUCCUCCAUCAACGUUGACGUUACCCUUUUGCUCCGAAAUCAUUCCCUGCUCUGGUGCUUUCGCCCAUUAUUAUUAGCUGUCAGACCUUUCAGCCAAUUGUAGAUUAGCUUUUCUCAAUCCCUUCUGUCAUGGAUGUACUGAAAAAACCAAUGUCGUUGUCUCCCUC